AUGGAGGCCCAGUCGGGCUCCGAGCUCCGGCCAGCGGGGCACAGCAGCCCAGCGCGGACCGCGGGGCGGCCGGAGGAGGAUGCCCAGGCCCUGGCGGAGUUCGCGGCGCUGCACGGCCCUGCGUUGCGGGCCUCGGGGGUCCCCGAGCGCUACUGGGGUCGCUUGCUGCACAAGUUGGAGCACGAGGUUUUCGACGCUGGAGAGAUGUUUGGAAUAAUGCAAGUGGAGGAAGUGGACGAGGAUGAGAGUGAAGAGGCGCGGGAAGCGCGGAGGAAGAGGCCCAACCCCGGGGGCGAGCUCUGCUACAAGGUCAUCGUGACCAACGAGGCGGGGCUGCGGGCAGAUGACCCCAACAGCAUCUUCCUCAUCGACCAUGCCUGGACGUACCGUGUGGAGCACGCCCGCCAGCAGCUGGAGCAGGUGCCCGGGCUGCUGCACCGGAUGGCCAGCCUGAUGGGCAUCGAGUUCCAUGGCGAGCUGCCCAGCGCCGAGGCCGUGGACCUGGUGCUGCAGGAGAUGUGGAGAUUCAACCAGACAUACCAGCUGGCCCACGGGACAGCCGAGGAGAAGGUGCCGGUGUGGUAUGUCAUGGACGAGUUUGGCUCACGCAUCCAGCACGCCGACACACCCAGCUUCGCCACGGCCCCCUUCUUCUACAUGCCCCAUCAGGUGGCCUACACGCUGCUGUGGCCUCUCAGGGACCUGGACACGGGCGAGGAGGUGAGCCGGGACUACGCCUACGGAGAGCCUGACCCACUGGUGCGGAGGUGCAUGAUGCUGCCCUGGGUGCCCGCCGACCUGCUGGACCUCAGUUCCUCCACACCCGAGCCCCCCGAAGCCUACUACCAGACCAUUCUGGAGGAGAACAAGGAGAAAAUGCCACAGGCCAUCCAGCCACCAGUGUACCCCGAUGACCACGUCUUUAAAAUCUACUCCGACGUCGGACAGGUGCUCAGUCACCUGACCCACCCGCGGUUCACCUUCACCUCCAACGAGGAGGAUGCCGACAUCCUCUACAACUUCUCCCACUUCAAGGAUUACCAGAGGCUGAGCCAGGAACGGCCGCGGGUGCUGUUGAACCAGUUCCCCUGCGAGAACCUGCUGACAGUCAAGGACUGCCUGGCCUCCAUCGCCCGCCGGGCCGGGGGUCCCGAGGGCCCGUCCUGGCUGCCCCGCACCUUCAACCUGCGCACCGAGCUGCCCCAGUUCAUCAGUUACUUCCAGCAGCGGGAGAGGCGGGGCGAGGAUAACCACUGGAUCUGCAAGCCCUGGAACCUGGCCCGCAGCCUGGACACCCACAUCAGCAAGGACCUCAACAGCAUCAUCCGGCACCGCGAGAGCACCCCCAAGGUCGUGUCUAAGUACAUCGAGAGCCCCGUCCUGUUCCACCGCGAGGACGUGGGGCCGGUCAAGUUCGACAUCCGCUACGUCGUGCUGCUGCGGUCAGUGUCACCCCUGCGGCUGUUCGUCUACGACGUCUUCUGGCUGCGCUUCUCCAACCGGCCCUUCUCACUCAGUGAUCUGGAUGACUACGAGAAGCACUUCACUGUCAUGAACUAUGACCCGGAUGUGGUUCUGAAGCAGGUGCACUAUGACCAGUUCAUCCCGGAGUUCGAGAAGCAGAACCCAGCAUUUCUUUGGAAGGAUGUCCAGGCGGAGAUCUUCCAGGCCUUCAGAGAACUGUUUCAGGCAGCAUGCAACAGGCCAGCACCACUGGGCCUCUGGCCCUACCCCUCAUCCCGGGCCAUGUACGCUGUGGACCUCAUGCUGAAGUGGGAGCAGCGCCCCGAUGGGAAGCAGGUCAUGCAGCCCCAAAUCCUGGAGGUGAACUUCAACCCGGACUGCGAGCGAGCCUGCAAGUACCAUCCCAGCUUUUUCAAUGACGUCUGCAGCACGUUAUUUCUGGACGACCCCCGGGACUGCCACGUCACCUGCCUCCUCUAG